GCAAAACGCAGGGUGACCUACUGGAGGACGCGGCGGUAUUUGCACCAAAUCCGCUUUGAAAUGUGACUUUUGCAGCUUUAGCGUCACAUUAACGCAGGAAUGCGCUGAAAUAUUCAUAUGGUUGCUAAAUUUGUGCGCUACUUUCUGCAUCCUGCACGAUUGGAUGCGUGAAACUCUCCAAAUUCUUUGCUAAUUUACAACCCAAAAGUGUGGAAGAACAGUUUCUAUCCUUUGUUAUAUGUCAUUUUGAGCCUUGAGCAGCUUGUAUGGUGAAGUUGCAGCGUCGCUUUCUUUCCAAGAGCCACGUUUUGUAAUUUGAGAUGGGAGUUGCGUUCAAGUGCGCGGCUCAUUUCAGGAGAUCGCGUCCUGCAGACGCGAAUCUCAGGUUUUUGGUGUGUUUUUGUGUGCUUUCAUGAGGGGUGGGGUACGUGGAGGGGAUUAUAAAGUCACGUGCACACGGCGACAAAAACACAGAUUUCAUAACGCACGCGCGCACAGCGGCGUGCAGCUGCAGCAAAUGUUGCGUUUACGUACAUCUAGCCUCCGAUAUUACAACGUUUACAUAUCGAAGUACAACAUAGCUCAAGUAAUAAAUAAAGAAAUAUGGGAAUUAAUCGGUAAAUAAAUAAAUAGCAGCAGUUGGUGAAUUGUUGUUUUGGCUGACGCGCGUCCUCGACGUCAUCCGCAGGACGAGGCUCGAUUUUCUCCUGUGGUGUCUGUGUGGAGCGUCCCACACACCCACUCCACAACAACGACGGCUUUUGCUUGCAUCUUCCAGUGUUUCUUCUGUCAGCAAGUCCAGCAGAGCUGCAACUCUUCCAGUGCCAGCCCUGACACCAGCGAGGAGCCCUGCCCCACUGACAUGGUGAAGAUGACCAAGUCAAAGACCUUCCAGGCCUACCUGCCAUCCUGCCACCGCACAUACAGCUGCAUCCACUGCCGAGCGCACCUGGCCAACCACGACGAGCUCAUCUCCAAGUCAUUUCAAGGCAGCCAAGGAAGAGCCUACCUGUUUAAUUCAGUGGUGAAUGUGGGCUGCGGGCCAGCGGAGGAGCGGGUUCUCCUCACAGGUUUACAUGCUGUGGCUGAUAUCUACUGUGAAAACUGUAAAACCACCCUGGGCUGGAAAUACGAACAUGCGUUUGAGAGCAGUCAAAAAUACAAAGAGGGAAAGUUCAUCAUCGAGCUGGCUCACAUGAUUAAGGACAACGGAUGGGAGUGACACCGAGGCCACGUCCCAUCUACUUAAAUCUGUUUUUCUGACCUUGGAAUUACUGAACUGAGUGGAGCGUCGACCAUCUUCCCUCCCCCGUUCCUCCCCGCUGCCUCCCCCAUUACUUACACCUUCUUCCCUUUAAAAGACCUCCACUCGCCGGCCUCCGUCACGUGCACACACCCACCUGUUCAUCGUGAAACCGGACAGAGCGAAUGCAUUAGGAAGUGGAGUUAAAAACCCACGGCACCUACGCCACCUUGAAGAUUGUGUGUUCUCCGUCGCCGCUCAACGUUUGGGUUCCCUCGCCGCCGCCCAACCCCGCACCUAGCCUCGGCUCCACCGAAACACGCUUACAAGUGAUUGUGGUGUUGUGGCGACCGCUAUGUGAACGGAGAGACUUCACUGAAAAAAGACAUCUUGUUUUUUCUUUAUUCCACUCAUCUGCAAUGACUUUAUUAUCAUUAUUAUUAUUUUAUUGUUAUUUGCCAUAGUUUUAACUUUCGGGUUUGGUGAAGCUUUGGCUUGAUGGCAGAUGGAUGUUACUGGUUAGCAUUUUAUUUCCAUGAGUUUUGUUUGGUUUAUUUGUCUUUUGAGCGUGCUUUUUUUUUCUUUCUUUUUCUUCGCUAUUGUCCAAAUGAGCAAUCAGGGAUGGGUUGAGAAGAAACGGGCAAAGGGAGUUUAUUAUAGUUACAAACAUGAAACAGCUUUUAUUUUUCCUUUUCUUUUUUUAGCUGGGAUUCCAGUAAUGUUUGAUUUUAUAGCUGGCGUUUCCUUAUGUUUUAUCUUUCACGUUAAUUCUCCCUUUCUGGUACUUUUCAGCACCCAAAAAGCAUCAAAAGCAACACGUACUAUUUUGUUUGACAUGAAAAGGUAUAAAAUUAUAUAUAAAUACAUAUAUAAAUUUAUAGAUAUAUAAAUAUUUGUAGUGUAAGGCUAAAGGCGAUUGUGGCUGGUCCCAUUUUGCAACAGCACCAUGAAUGAAAGAGACAUGAAAAAGGAGCAGAAAUCAUUUUUAGAGAGGGGAAGCUGACGUCAGUGUCCUCACUGUAUUAUCCCAUUGUCUAGUAAUGAAACAAUGAAAGUCACUGCUACAUAUUAAUAUAAAUACACAUACUAUGAUUACAUAUCCAUCAAUACUGUGAUAUUGUACGUAGUAUGUAGAAAUUGAUUGGAACAUGGUUUCGAUAUAUAUAUAUAUUUGCUGUCAUGCACAUAUGUGUAUAUGCAUAUGACUGUGUGUGUAUAUGCAUAGUGUGCGCGCGCGUGGUCACGCAUUACACAGUGACGUACUUGAACAACGCUACAUCCUUUGCACGUUGCUGAGGCGCGUGCUUCAUCUCGGUUUGGAGGCAAAACUUUUUUUUAUACACUAAAUUUUAUUGGAUUUUUAGUUCAAAUUUAAUGUCAGAUUCUGACUUUUCCUGUUUUUGGUCCCAUCUUUGAUGACAACGUGAUUUUAGGCCUAGUCCAUGCAUAGCCAAAUAGAUUCUUUGGGCUUUAAUCCGCACAAAAACUACUAAUUUAAAAAAAAAAAACCUCA